UGCAUUUAACUGCUUCAUAGAGGCUUCUUGUACCUCAGCUUUGAGCGGAAGUGUGCUGAUGUUUUGGUGUCGCUGAGCUGAAACUGUCUCAGGCAUGUGGUGAGCUGGAAGAGAACGACAGGAAAUAGAUAUCAAAACAUUUGUUUUGAUCAACUGCCUAAACAUCUCACCUCUUGCUGCUUUAACUGAGAGUAGUCUAGAUCUGAGACGAAACGUGUAACUUUUAUCAUUUGAGUGGGUACAGAUCUGCAAAAGCAUUGUCAACAUUAAUAGAGAUGUCAGUAGUUUUAACAAAGUAGUAAAACACUUUCUUUAAACAAGAUUUUCUGUAUUAUUCAUACUAUAUUCAAAAAGGUGAAGACAUUGAUUUUCAUAAUAUCAAGACACAAACUUGUACAGAAAAUGGGGAGCUGUGCAUGUAAACUACGUUCAUCCAGCAAAUAUUCUACAGAACUGAAUCUUGUGGUCAUAGGAAGUCAUAAUGCAGGCAAGAAUACUGUUGGAAACAUAAUCCUUGGAAGAAAGACUUUUUGGCAAUCCUGUUCUAGAACUUGUGUUAAAAAAGUUUAUAAUGUAAAUAACUGUCUGAUUACUAUUGUCCGCACACCUGGAUGGCACAAGCUUAAAGAGAGUGAAAGGAAGACGAAAGAUCAGAUCAAGGAAUCAUUAUUUGAAAAUAGAGCGGAUGCUUAUCUUCUGGUCAUAAACAUGAAGUCGGAGACAUUUAACGGAAGUGAGCAGAAAAUGCUGGAAGAUUUACUGACCGCCAGAGUCUGGAAUCAUACCGUGGUGGUGUUCACUAAUGGGGAGACACUGAAUGAUAGAGGCCUUACAAUUGAGCAAUACAUAGAUCCUGAUUUUACUGAGCUGAUUCAGAAAUGCGGAGGGAGGUAUGUUGUUCUUUACAGUGGACAUGGGUUCUCUUACUACGCUCAGGGCCAAAGGGUAACAGAUGCUGUAAAGAGGAUGGAGAAAAACAAGUAUAAAAGUUAUCCGAAGGAUACUCUCCCCGAAGUGCAGAGUAGCCCUACCCGCAUGGUAAAUGCUCCAAGACUUUUGUCGACACCGGAGAUCAAUAAUGGGGAAAGUAAAACACCUUCAGAUGAGGAAGACAAUACAACUCCCCUGCUACAGGGGGAACUAUUGGACAGAGAGAUUGAUGAAACUGAAAUGAGAUUAAGGAAAUUGAAGGCAGAGAGAGUUCAUCAGAAAGAAAAAAGAAAAGAAUGUAAAACACAGCAGUUCAUUGAAAUGAACACAAUCUCUGAAUCCCAAAGCCCAGUUACUCAGGAUAAGAGGAUGGAAAAAAAGAGGGGGCAUGACAUUGAUCAGAAGGAGUGGACCACUAGUCUUCGUAAAAUCCUGGAUGAACUCCUUGAAGACGAUAUCAAAAAAUUCAAGUCACAUUUACAAACUGGACAUACAGACGAGAAAAGGAUCCCAGGUGGGCUACUUGAAAAAGCAGACAGGGGGACGCUGGUGCAUCUAUUACUAAAACACUUUGGAGUAAACGGCUCUGUCAUAAAGACAAGGGAUGCCCUGAAGAGCAUACCCUGUGAAGACCUGCAGGAGUGGCUGAAGCCUUUUCUCAGCAAACUCGGACAAAUAUGGUAAUGGACUGAAGUAAUGACAGUCAUUCUCAUGAACUGUUGUCAGGACUGCAUGAUGGACUGCGUGAUCUUCAUAAAUAUCAACUGAGAUUCAAUCCCGUAUUUUAUGACAAAUUAUUACAUUUGAAGAAUGUUGUUGAGCAAUCAUUACAAACGUUUUUUUUGUGUUUCUGUUUUAGAAAGUUGUUUUCAUUAUUUGCAUGUGUUCAUUCUACUUCUGUGUUACUGCUUGCACAGUGACCAUGUAAACAACUGAUACCUUUUAUCACAUUACUUUUUUUCUAGUAUACAUGGACCUUUAAGCUUAUUAUGUUUCCACUGUCUGAAUAGUGUCUGUGUUCUGAUAUGAUGGGCAGGAUAUCUCCAGGCACAGCACAAGAGACAUGCAGGGUUUUAAACAGUAGAGGACAGUCUAUAAUAUAGCUUUUUUUUACUUGCAUCAUCACACGCAUGUGAAAAAAAAGUGUUGACGAUGCUCCACCUGCUUUCCUGUUCUGAAGUGUGAAAAUGAAAGUCAAAACGUGAACAUUGCCUAAACUUGUUUCAGACGACCAGACUUAUUCGAAAAGGCAGAGCGUUGUCUGCAAAACAUUACAGGUUCCAGCUUGCUGUGUUUUUUGAGGUGAAACAUCUGACUAACACAGACAAGGAGCGGAUCAAGAGAUACUUUAAUAUCAGGAGAAAUGUAGGAGGGGAAUGUGGAGAGGUGGAGGAGGUGGGAGAGAAGACCUACAGGAUUGCCUUCCUGGAGAAAAAAGGGUGAGGGACUCUUCAUUCUAAUGACUUAGGAAACAUGAAAUCACUUUAAAUAACUGACCACGGGUAAUAUUAUAUAUAGUAAAUAAUCUGUGUAGGAGCCAUUUCGGUUCAUGUUUUAAUCUUGUUUGGGACUCUAGAUGGCGCUCCACCUUAAUUGGGCUCACACAAUAAAGGUGUGAACAUUCACGCAGGCGUCAGGUGUUGCUUGACGGAGGGAGAGCGCAUAUAGCUUUUUGACCGCUUCAUUUGUAUAACAAAAG